CAGAUCCACAAGCUACCAGUCCCAAAGUAUAUAUGAACUGCUACCACCUCCUUUCCUAAACCCACCCCACCCUGAAGCCACAUGGCUUCUUUGUUCUCACAUAAGUGGAAUGCUUCAUGGAUGCGUGAAAUGCUCUGUGUUGGAUUCCAGAGUUCCUUAAAACAACAAUAAAGGGAAUGGCAUCUGAGAGGACUUUUGGAGACCCAAAACCUUAUAGAUUUGGUUUAUGUUUAUAGAUCAGGGAACGCCACAAAAAGAUGUCAUAAUAAAAAAUGAUGCACCAACUUCAUUAUUAUUAGAAAAACAUGCGGACUACAUAGCAGCUUAUGGAACAAAGAAAGAUGAUUAUGAAUACUGUAUGUCAGAAUAUUUGCGAAUGAGUGGUGUCUAUUGGGGACUGACUGUGAUGGAUCUCAUGGGGCAGCUGCAUCGGAUGAGCAAAGAAGAAAUUCUGGCAUUUAUCAAAUCGUGCCAGCGUGAAUGUGGUGGCAUAAGUGCCAGUAUAGGUCAUGAUCCUCACCUAUUAUACACACUUAGCGCUGUCCAGAUUCUAACUCUCUAUGACAGUCUCCAGGUUGUUAAUGUAAAUAAAAUUGUUGAUUAUGUAAAGAACCUACAGAAAGAGGAUGGAUCGUUUGCUGGAGACAUAUGGGGAGAAAUAGACACGAGGUUUUCCUUCUGUGCUGUUGCAACGUUGGCUCUCUUGGGGAAACUGGAUGCAAUUGAUGUGGACAAAGCAGUAGAAUUUGUGUUGUCCUGUAUGAACUUUGAUGGAGGAUUUGGUUGUAGACCAGGAUCUGAAUCUCAUGCAGGACAGAUCUAUUGUUGCACAGGAUUCCUAGCCAUAACUGGCCAGUUACACCAAAUAAACGCUGAUCUGCUAGGCUGGUGGCUUUGUGAACGCCAGUUGCCAUCUGGUGGCCUUAAUGGAAGGCCAGAGAAGUUACCGGAUGUAUGCUAUUCAUGGUGGGUAUUGGCAUCCCUGAAGAUUAUUGGCAGGUUGCACUGGAUUGACCGAGAGAAAUUGCGCAGUUUUAUCUUGGCUUGCCAGGAUGAGGAGACCGGAGGAUUUGCUGACAGGCCAGGAGAUAUGGUGGAUCCAUUCCAUACCUUGUUUGGAAUUGCUGGACUAUCAUUACUGGGAGAAGAACAAAUUAAGCCUGUGAAUCCUGUGUUUUGUAUGCCUGAAGAGGUUCUUCAAAGAAUAAAUGUACAGCCAGAACUUGUAAGCUAGGUUUUGAUGUGCACAAUUUUGCCAUACUCAGCUGCUUUGAAUUUUCUGUCAAAAGACAUUUCUAAAUGUGUUUACAUGAUAAAUUACCACUUUACUGUAAGCACUGUCAUUUUGUAUCUGGAUUGUAUCUAAAGUAAAUAAACUGAGUGUUACAUGUGCUUGAGGUUCUCAAUAACAGAUGUAGACAUAAUGUUUAAAUGUAUAUGUUUGCCUCCGGGCUCCAUUCCAGUCAAGCUACUUUGAAAUAUACUGUACUAGACACAAUAGAAGAAUACUUGAAUUGUGUGACUUGAUAUUUAUGACACAAUCAUUCACUCAUCUUGGUGACAGCAUGUACUGGACAGUGAAUUGUCCUAAGCACUGUUUCUAUCGAAAGAAAUUGACUUGCUAAUGCCAGUGACACUUUAUGCACUUGAGUUCCUGUUUAGGAUCUGACUGCUACACUUUUUUAUCCAAUUUCAAUCACAUGUUCUAGUUUUACAUAACUAGAAAUUUUAUGGUACUUUGACAACUGCUUUCUACUAGUGACAUUCAGUGAAGAUUAAUUACCAUUAACUUGUUUUGAACUAAUGGCCUUGCUGAAUUUUAGAAUUUGUUCCUUUGCUCUAAUGUAUUUAUUGUAACUGUGGCUUGAAGCCCAGUUUCAGUAGCACUUCAAAUGGUUGUAUAUAGUCAAGAAUAAAGCUAUAGAAGAAUAUUACUUUCUGCAGGAUGAAUUAUCUGCUUCCACUGGAACUCUAGAAGUGCUUCCAUUUCACAUUUGUCACAAUUGUGCAUUUGUAACUUGGCUGAAAUCUUUUGAGUAUGAAAUGGGAUUCUGCUUCAAAUAAAUUAAAGCUAAUUAUGAAGACA